UCGUGAAGGCUGCCUGGAGAGAGCAGCGAUGAUUCGUAAAGUUCUGAGAGUGAUUUUCUCAGCAUACCUGAGUUUUAGUUUAGGCCUACUUUGUGUACCCUGCUGUGAUAUUCCCUCGAUAGCCACAUAUUUUGGCACGAAAGGUCGCUACGAAGAAGUCAAUACAUACUUGAUCAAUGACAAACUCGCAGUAAAUGAAACGUUAAUUCGUGGGGCCUCUUCAACGUGUAGUGCAGUUCAUCUAACAGCUGUUAUACGUCACGGUACUCGGUACCCCACCACCAAAAAUGUCAAGAAGAUGAAGGACUUCUACAAUCUAGUUCAAUCCAAUGCUUCAGAUUGGAGUCAUAAACUGGACCUAUCUCAAUGGAAGAUGUGGUAUACAGAGGACAUGGACGGUCGUCUUGUUGAAAAAGGACGGGAGGACCAUACAAACUUAGCAAAACGACUUGCAAAAUAUUUCCCAACUUUGAUAACGGAAGAUAAUCUAAGAAAUGGGAGAGUGAAAUUCAUCACAAGCUCCAAGCAUAGAUGUGUCAACAGCACCAUCUCUUUCAAGACAGGCCUGAUUGAAUAUUUUGGUAUUGAAGGUGAGGAGUUUGACCAUGAGGUGAAUGACGCACUCAUGCGGUUCUUCGCCGAGUGCGCCAGGUUUGUUGCAGAGGUGGAGAACAACAAGCAUGCCCUGGUGGAAGUGGAUCUGUUUAAUGACAGGCCAGAAAUGAAGAGGACAGCUGAGAAGAUGGCAGAUCGGCUGCAAGUUCCCUACAGCCAAGUUACAGCAGAUUCGGUGGAAGCUGCAUUGUACUUCUGUGCUUAUGAGUUUGCCAUAAAAUCUAUCAACACUCCUUGGUGUCAACUGUUUGAUGAGGUGGAUGCAAAGGUGAUGGAGUAUGCAACUGACUUGAAGCAGUAUUGGAAGAGGAGCUACGGCCAUGAUAUCAACAGCAAGUCCAGCUGUGCUCUCUUUCAUGACCUGUUCAGGCGUCUUGACCAAGCUGCCAAUGACCACAGGUCUGGUCAUGUGUCGGAGGCUGUGACAAUCCAGGUUGGGCAUGCCGAGACGUUGCUCCCUCUGCUCACCCUUUUGGGGCUGUUCAAAGACAAUGAACCCUUGACCUCCACUAACUUUGCUACCCAAACCGAGAGAGUCUUCCGCUCAGGGCAUAUAGUGCCCUAUGCUGGCAACCUAGUCGUGGUCCUGUAUAAUUGUGCUGAUGGAUUUAGGCUUGAGGCUCGGCUAAAUGAGCAGCCCUUGGUGCUUCCCAAAAUGAACACUGAUUUGCCACUGUUUGAUGACGUCAAGCGUAACUAUGCUGAGCUUCUACAGGGAUGUAACCCAAAAACUGAGUGUGAACUGGUGAAUGUUCAGCCACGUACAAUGGAUUGAUCACAUCAUUGAGAAAUGGAGUGGUGCUUUGCAAGGAAUAUAUUGAAAACCUUCUAUGUUUUUUCAACCACAGAUCAAACCACUAUAUUCAAAUAUGACCUCAUAUUAACAUGCAACAAUAAGCAUAAUAAUAUGCACAUAGAGAAAACAAUGCACACAUGAUUAUCUGCUGCUGCUGAUGUUAUCAAAGAUUACCGUAUGCAAUAUAAUUUCCUUUUAAAAUUAAGCAUUUCCAUGUUAUGAAUGAAUGUCAAAUGAAUGCAAAACUAAACUCUGGGCCAUGUGAUUUGAUACAAUUAGCAAAAUGCAAUUGCACUGAAGUACCCUGAUGAAGAUUUUUAAAGUUAUGCCUUUUAGCAAUUUCCCCCAUUUGUCAAAGCACCUGAUGUUCGUCAUAAAUAGUCAUUCCCAAGUAGGCUAUCACAAUUACCAAAGUUAAAGCGUGAAAUUGUGAUCAUUUCAGCAUUCCAAAUAAUUCAAGGGUAUAAUAAGGGUUUGCUUUUUUAAUGCCAAUAAAAGAUAUAAUGAAAA